GUUCCUUGGAUAGAAGGCAGGUGAUGAUUGGCGGGAAAGGGGGUCAAUCGGUCGAUACAUAAGGUUUAUGAAGUAUUAGGUAGAUUUACGAAAUGUCUUUCAAGCUCCUAUAUGCAGGCUUGGUAGGUUCUUUGUUCACUAGCGAGGCUUUCGCGCAAAGCUCUGAGCAACAUCCUCCUCUGACAACCUGGAAAUGCACCACGUCGGGAGGCUGCGUUCAGCAGAAUACCUCCGUCGUUCUAGAUAAAGAUUCCAAGUAUGCACGAGGUAGCGCCGGCUCAAGAACGGGGGCUGAUUAUGCUGCUAUGGGAGUAUCUACGUCGGGCGACGCCGUGACACUGCGUCACUACGUCAAAUCGGACAACACGCUCAAUCCCGCAUCUCCUCGAAUCUACCUCCUGGAUGCCAAUGGGAAAUACGUGAUGAUGAACCUGCUCAACCAGGAGCUCUCCGUGGACGUCGACUAUUCGGCCGUGCCCUGCGGAGAGAACGGAGCCUUCUAUCUCUCGGAGAUGAAGGCCGACGGCGGGGGGUCCUCGGGUGGUGCGGCAGCCGGCCAAGGUUACUGCGACGCCCAGUGCCAGGGCUACUGCUGUAAUGAAAUGGAUAUCCUCGAGGCCAAUGCCAAGGCUACGGCGAUGACGCCACACCCAUGCAACGGGAAUAACUGCGAUAAGUCUGGCUGCGGGUACAACCCGUACGCGAGCGGCCAGCGUAACCUCUGGGCAACUGGAGGAUCUGUCGACACGAGCAGACCGUUCACAGUCGUAACGCAGUUCGUUGGUAGCAGCACGCUGACGCAAAUCACGCGGACCUACAUUCAGAAUGGGAGGCAGAUAAACGGCGGUUCCAUUGGCAAUUGCAACAGUGGAUUCGGCGGGCUUUCUGGUAUGGGCCAAGCUCUAGGGCGAGGAAUGGUUUUGGCGAUGAGUAUCUGGAAUGAUGCUGCACAGCAGAUGGCUUGGCUCGACGCCGGCAACAAUGGACCCUGCAGCAUCCAAGAAAGUACCCCGUCCAAUAUUCAGGCUCAGUAUCCCGAUACUCACGUCGUCUUUUCUAACAUUCGAUGGGGAGAUAUCGGAUCUACUACCAAGGGUUAAAAUUUUGGUUGUGGCAUGCUACAUAUGAUUUGAUUUUCCCUAGGAGAGGCAUUUUCAUACUCAAUACCGCUGUGAGCUAGCAGAUGCGAUUGUAUGAUAUACUCGAUAUCAUUGUCAACAUUUGCGAUGUCAUCGCGUUCGUACCCACGAUAGGAGCUCAACAAGUGGACCUAAUUGCAUUAAUUCAAGCCUAUGUUAUUGACAUUUUCGAAUAACAUGGCCUAGGAAUUAAUAUUGGUUCUGUGGAGACACAAAGUUGUAAUCGAGCCAUUGACCAAGGUUCCCGAUGUGUUACUGAAUGCGAUAUCCUUAAUCAACAUGACACUGGCCACAUCACGCCACCGUAUGAGUUAGGUAAAUGAAUACUCGGUCCGACCCCCAUGUCUACAAGUAGAGUCCCCGGGAAUC